CGGAUCCACGCAGGCGGCGCCCGCGCCUCCGCUCCCCGGCCGGCCCUCGCGCUCUCCCGACCGCCGGGACCGUCUGCAGCCUCCCGCCGCUGCCGCCGCAAGGUUGGCGGCGCCGCUGCUCGUCUUCCAGCCUCUGUGCCUUCCUGCAAAAGAUCAAGAGAAGGAAAUCAAGGAGCCACUCUUAUAACUUAUCAGAUAACCCCAGCAGGCUCAGUAGACAGACCAAGUUCCCAGGAAAAAAGCUACAGGCACUUGAGGAUAAACUGCUUCCAACAGCUUUUAGCUUAAAGCUGACCUGGAAGGCUUUGACUCCCAAUUACAAGGUGUUUUGGACACCCUCAGUAUUUGCCUCAUCUUUUCUAGUCAAACCUGAUUCAUGAAAUGGACUAAAGCUGAAAAAUCAUCUGCUUCUUUGUCUGUGAAUUGGAGACACGAUUGGGAUGGUCUUCAGUGCAUACAACUAGAUUCAAACUGCAGCUAUGAGUUCAGAUGAGAAGGGCAUAUCCCCUGCUCAUAGAACAUCCACCCCCACCCAUAGAAGUGCCUCCUCUUCGGCAUCCUCUCAAAGGGACAGUAGGCAGAGUAUCCACAUACUGGAGAGGACUUCUUCCUCUAGCACUGAACCUUCUGUAAGUCGGCAACUGCUGGAACCGGUCCCCCUCUCCAAGGAAGCUGACAGCUGGGAGAUUAUAGAAGGGCUGAAAAUAGGCCAAACCAAUGUCCAGAGACCAGACAAACAUGAAGGCUUUAUGCUAAAGAAGAGAAAAUGGCCUUUAAAGGGCUGGCACAAGCGUUUUUUUGUCCUGGAUAAUGGAAUGUUAAAGUAUUCAAAGGCACCACUUGAUAUUCAAAAAGGGAAGGUCCAUGGAAGCAUCGAUGUCGGACUCUCUGUCAUGUCAAUUAAAAAGAAAGCUCGGAGAAUAGACCUUGACACAGAAGAACACAUCUAUCAUUUAAAGGUGAAAUCCCAGGACUGGUUUGAUGCAUGGGUCUCCAAACUGCGCCAUCAUCGAUUGUAUCGGCAGAAUGAAAUUGUGAGAUCACCACGAGAUGCUAGUUUUCACAUAUUUCCUUCAACCUCCACAGCUGAAUCCUCACCAGCUGCUAAUGUUUCUGUUGGGGAUGGAAAGGCGCAGCCAAACAGCUUUCCAUGGCAGUCCCCUUUACCAUGCGGUAGCAGCCUCCCUGCAACCUGCACGACCGGGCAGAGCAAAGUGGCAGCCUGGCUACAAGACUCGGAAGAAAUGGACAGGUGUGCAGAAGACCUUGCACACUGCCAGUCAAACCUUGUGGAACUUAGCAAACUCCUGCAGAAUUUGGAAAUACUUCAGAGAACUCAGUCAGCGCCUAACUUUACUGACAUGCAGGCUAACUGUGUAGAUAUUUCAAAGAAAGACAAGCGGGUCACAAGACGAUGGAGAACAAAAAGUGUCAGCAAAGAUACAAAAAUACAACUGCAGGAAGGGCCAUCUUCGAAGGGCCAGUUCAGCACAACUCGGCGCCGGCAGAGGCUAGCAGCAGCAGUGGCUACAACAGUUCCUUUCAGUGCUACCAUGUCCCCGGUUCGCUUGCAUUCCUCCAACCCCAACCUUUGUGCAGAUAUUGAAUUUCAGACUCCCCCUAGCCACCUCACAGACCCUCUGGAAAGUUCAAUGGAUUAUACAAAGCUUCAAGAAGAAUUUUGUCUAAUUGCACAGAAAGUGCAUUCUCUUUUGAAGUCAGCGUUUAAUAGCAUAGCUAUAGAGAAGGAGAAGCUUAAGCAGAUGGUUUCUGAGCAGGAUCACAAUACAGGCCACAGCACGCAGAUGGCACGGCUCCGACAGUCACUGUCUCAGGCACUCAACCAGAAUGCUGAACUAAGGAGUCGGUUGAACAGAAUACAUUCAGAAUCUAUUAUUUGUGAUCAGGUUGUCAGUGUAAAUAUUAUUCCUAGCCCUGAUGAGGCUGGUGAGCAAAUCCACGUCAGUCUCCCCCUAUCACAACAAGUAGCCAAUGAGAGCCGCCUCUCCAUGUCGGAGUCUGUCUCUGAGUUCUUCGAUGCCCAAGAAGUGCUCCUCUCUGCAAGCUCCUCAGAGAAUGAGGCUUCAGAUGAUGAGUCUUACAUCAGUGAUGUGAGUGAUAAUAUAUCUGAAGACAACACCAGUGUUGCAGACAACAUUUCUCGGCAAAUCUUGAACGGGGAGCUUACAGGAGGAGCCUUCCGAAACGGACGUCGAGCACGCCUGCCAGCUCCCUGUCCCGACACCAGUAACAUUAACCUAUGGAAUAUCUUGAGGAACAACAUUGGUAAAGACCUGUCUAAAGUCUCCAUGCCUGUGGAGCUAAACGAGCCACUCAACACUCUGCAGCAUCUCUGUGAGGAAAUGGAGUAUAGUGAGCUUCUGGACAAGGCUUCGGAAACGGACAGUCCCUAUGAGCGCAUGGUUCUUAUUGCUGCAUUUGCAGUUUCAGGAUAUUGCUCCACCUAUUUCAGAGCAGGAAGUAAGCCAUUCAACCCUGUCCUUGGGGAGACUUAUGAAUGCAUUAGAGAGGACAAAGGAUUCCGUUUUUUCUCAGAACAGGUUAGCCAUCAUCCACCCAUUUCUGCCUGUCACUGUGAAUCCAAGAAUUUUGUGUUUUGGCAAGAUAUCAGAUGGAAAAACAAGUUCUGGGGGAAGUCGAUGGAAAUCCUGCCUGUGGGAACCCUGAACGCCAUGCUUCCAAAGUAUGGAGAUUGCUAUGUGUGGAAUAAGGUCACCACGUGCAUACACAACAUCCUGAGUGGGAGGAGAUGGAUAGAGCAUUACGGAGAAGUAACCAUUAGAAAUACCAAAAGCAGUGUUUGCAUUUGCAAACUCACAUUUGUCAAGGUGAAUUAUUGGAAUUCUAAUGUGAAUGAAGUCCAGGGGGUUGUGAUGGAUCAGGAAGGGAAGGUGGUGCACCGGCUGUUUGGGAAGUGGCAUGAAGGGCUGUACUGCGGUGUGGCCCCUUCCGCCAAGUGCAUCUGGAGACCAGGUUCCAUGCCGACCAACUAUGAGCUCUACUAUGGCUUCACAAGGUUCGCUAUUGAGCUUAAUGAGUUAGAUCCUGUACUAAAAGAUCUCCUUCCACCAACAGAUGCCCGAUUCCGGCCAGAUCAGAGAUUUUUGGAAGAAGGAAAUUUAGAAGCUGCAGCAGCAGAGAAGCAAAGAGUAGAGGAACUCCAGAGAUCUCGAAGACGAUACAUGGAAGAAAACAACCUUGAACAUAUACCAAAAUUUUUUAAAAAAGUGAUUGAUGCCAAUCAAAGAGAAGCCUGGGUUUCUAACGACACCUACUGGGAGCUGCGAAAGGACCCUGGGUUUAGCAAAGUAGACAGCCCUGUUCUUUGGUAAACUGGGAAUAUAGAGCUAGCCAACAUAACACGCUCUGAAUGAAUAAAUAACUAUGCACAAUUAUGUUUCUUAGAGCUCCGCGUGGUUUCUGGGUCGACUGAAAACUGACCAUUUGCUUUUCUAUUCAUCUUUAUAAUAGACUUUCAGAAGUGCAUUAGACAAGGCCCCUAACCACUUUCAGAUCCUUUCUGUUUUGCUGCAACCAUAUUCCUUAAAAAACAACCACACCCAUCUCGAAAAGCAUAAAAGGAGCAGAAUAUAAAAUCCGAGGUCUGAAGAGUCUAUAAAGAAAAACAAACUGUAACUGGUGCUUAAAGCUGAUCCAGAGAGUUUAAAGCAACAUGACAUAUGAACCACGCAUUUGGUCCUUUUCUGGAAGCGCCAUCCCCUCAUUGCAGGAGCUCCUGGGCCACAGCAGUCAGCUCAGAUGUCGAGUGUGUCUGUUUGAUGUGGUGUACGUGUGCUGGCCUUGUCAAAAAAGACGAUGCUUUUUUGACAUCGUGAUGCUUCUCAGAACCUGUUCCAUCUGUACGCCAUUGUUCAUGCCUUAAGAAAUGCAAAGAUGUACAAUAAGUCAUUUUUUAAAUGUGUGCUCCUAGGUUUAUGUGAAGGACAGAUGUUUUGAAUCAUGGCAUGAUUCACUUUCUGGGAUCAGAAGAAUUAUGAGACUAACUCAAAUGGAUUGAAAAAAGUAAACAACAUGUGCUUUACUUUGAUAUAUUGGCUACUGUAUCAUAUGUCUGAAGGGCAAGAAGGAAAAGGUGUGCUAAGUAGAUCUCUGUAUUCAGUUGCUCGUCAGUUUCCUGUCCUGCGUACAGUUAAUAAACCAUCCCUCUUCCACCUAA